AUGGUGUUGACUGACAGUGUUUACUUGCAGGCUGACAAACAGUUGCAUUAUAGCACGCUCGUGAUUGUGGAACUAACAGGAAGGACUCCCAAUGACUUUACAUGUUCUGAUGUUGACUUUUGCCCAAGGACGGAAGGCUGGACCGGACCUUCCCUACACCCCUACAGAGUUAUUGGGGGAACUGGCCUCUACUUUGCCAUCACAGGGCGUGUCUAUAAUAUAUUAUUCUCCCCGGGCACAACAGAGAUGUCUGAUUGUGUCCUACUGAUAGAAGCGUACUUCGGGAAGGGCCUGUGUUAUACUACCUGCGGUGUUGCCAUGUCUUCAGGAAUGUUAUGUGGGGUUGAAGUGGCAUACGCCGUGAUUUUAGUUGUACAACGGAAGGUUUGCGAGUGUAAGCGACCACGCAAACGGAGUCGUCUGUGCGGCGUCUGCGAUUUUGGUGGAGGACUUCGGAGGAUAAGCUGCAUACUGGGAAGCGAUAUUAGGAUGAUUGGGAGACUAAGACUAGCGCACUGUAUGAGGAUGAGCUGUUCUCUUGUGCCGAGAAGUCUUUCAACCACACCUGCGGUCGGCACAGGCGAGAAGGAAAAGGAGAGUUGGAAAACAGAGCCAGAGAAAGAAGAGCUACCAAAAGGAGAGUGGAAAAGUUUUUUCCAUUACUUUGCUCCACAAAAAGGAAUAACCAUUGACGUCGUCCAUCACCUGCAGAAAGGCUUCGAUCUUCGCCCCAAAGCAAUGCAGAAAUGGCUAAAGAAGAUAAAGCAGAAAAGGGAUGAAGGUGAUCAAACGUUUCGAAAAGACAGAGUAGCAGCUCUUGGCUUUGACUUAGCUGCUGCACAUUUCAUAGUCCAUCGUGGUGGCAAGGUCAGAUUCAAAGGCAGUCAAGAAUGGACACAUCAAGAUGAAGAUGAAGAAUAUGAUCUACCUGGUCAUUACAAUGAAAAUCUUGUGGUUGAAGCUCUUGAUGCCUCAAAAACAAAUAUUCUCUAUGAAGGAAUUGAGUGCUUAAGUAAUUUAAAGCAGUUGACAUGGCUGAGUGUUGCAAAUUGCCCCCACAUUGAUGACUGGUGCAUUGAUCGUAUCUGUGGCCAGUACGCUUCUACCCUUGAACAUCUAGACAUCAGUCAUUGUACAAAAAUUACACAUCGUGGCAUUGCUGCUUUAGCACGUCUUAGAGAGUUAAAGACUCUACAUAUGAAUGGACUAGAAAAUAUUAGAGACAUCCAGUUACUAUGCUUACUCCUUGAAGACAUUUUACCAGAAAUUGAAAUAGUUGGAAUCAAUUACAUGGACACUUCAAGCUUACAGAAACCAACCCUUAAUGAAGAUCGGUAACCAUAAAUUUCUCUCUCUAAAGUUCUGGCAUUCAGUGUAGGGCUCCUAACAGCAGACUUAGUGGUUCUCUGUCUAGGAUAUAUUUUGUUCAUGAGUAUUUUUAAAAACCUAUUCUUGAUUUUUGAUGUGCAAUUAGUACUACCAAGCUCUUUUCCUCUAAAGAUAUUUCUGAAUUUAAAUGAAAGCAAGGGAAAUGUCAAACUGUAAUUAUGUAGUUAUGUAGAAAAUUGGUUUUGCAUAAGCCACCAAAAUUAUGAUUUUGCAAAAUUAGUGAAUAUGACUGCUUAUACUGUAAGAUAUAAUAGUAACAAAUGCAUUUAGGUUGUUUUGUAUAUUGUAUAUAAAGGAAUAUGUUGUACUAUUCCUAUAAUAUCUGUGUAUAUUGUAAUAGAUGACACUUCAUGUACUAAAAUGUAAUGAGAAUCUCUUGAAUACAAAAUAAACUGAGGAAUGGAAUAAGUCAUGGAUAUUACAGGCUGAGAUGGUCAUACGGAUAAUCUUAAAAAAUAUAUUAUUCUGCUAUGAUUGAAGAUAAAUGUAGACACAUUUCAUGAAUGGCAAUAGCGAAUGUAAAUAUUGUAUAUUUUGUUUUCUCUUUUCCACUUGGAUUAAAUAGGUCACUGA